CUCUGGGAACCAAUGGGUUUACCUGGGAGCAGAUUAACACGUGGGAGAAGCCAAUGCUGGACCCAGCUGUGCCCACAGGGUCCUUCAUGCUGGUGAACAGCUCUGGAAGGGCUUCGGGCCAGAAAGCUCAUCUUCUCCUGCCGACCCUGAAGGAGAACGAUACGCACUGCAUUGACUUCCACUACUACUUCUCCAGCCGAGAUCGCUCCAGCCCGGGAGCCUUGAACGUCUACGUGAAGGUGAACGGUGGUCCCCAAGGGAACCCUGUCUGGAACGUGUCUGGAGUCGUCACUGAGGGCUGGGUGAAGGCCGAGCUUGCCAUCAGCACCUUCUGGCCUCAUUUCUACCAGGUGAUAUUUGAAUCCGUCUCUUUGAAGGGUCAUCCUGGUUACAUCGCUGUGGACGAGGUUCGGGUCCUUGCUCAUCCGUGCAGAAAAGCACCUCAUUUCCUGCGACUCCAAAAUGUUGAGGUGAAUGUGGGGCAGAAUGCCACAUUCCAGUGCAUUGCUGGUGGGAAGUGGUCUCAGCACGACAAACUUUGGCUCCAGCAAUGGAAUGGCAGAGACACGGCCCUCAUGGUCACUCGCGUGGUCAACCACAGGCGCUUCUCAGCCACAGUCAGCGUGGCAGACACCUCUCAGCGCAGUGUCUCCAAGUAUCGCUGCGUGAUCCGCUCAGAUGGGGGGUCUGGCGUGUCCAACUAUGCAGAGCUGAUUGUGAAAGAGCCUCCCACACCCAUUGCCCCCCCAGAACUGCUGGCAGUGGGGGCCACCUACCUGUGGAUUAAGCCAAAUGCCAACUCCAUUAUUGGGGAUGGCCCCAUCAUUCUGAAGGAGGUAGAGUACCGCACCACUACAGGCACCUGGGCUGAGACCCACAUUGUGGACUCUCCCAACUAUAAGCUCUGGCAUCUGGACCCUGAUGUGGAAUACGAGAUCCGGGUGUUGCUCACACGACCAGGAGAGGGAGGCACAGGACCACCAGGACCUCCGCUCACCACGAGGACCAAGUGUGCCGAUCCUGUGCAUGGCCCUCAGAAUGUGGAGAUUGUGGACAUCCGGGCCCGGCAGCUGACCCUGCAGUGGGAGCCCUUUGGCUACGCAGUGACCCGCUGCCACAGCUACAACCUCACCGUGCAGUACCAGUACGUGUUCAACCAGCAACAGUAUGAGGCCGAAGAGGUGAUCCAGACCUCUUCCCACUAUACCCUGCGGGGUCUGCGGCCCUUCAUGACCAUCAGACUGCGGCUUUUGCUGUCCAACCCUGAGGGCCGGAUGGAGAGUGAGGAGUUGGUGGUACAGACUGAGGAGGAUGUUCCAGGAGCUGUUCCUCUUGAAUCCAUCCAAGGAGGGCCCUUUGAGGAGAAGAUCUACAUCCAGUGGAAACCUCCCAAUGAGACCAAUGGGGUCAUCACACUCUAUGAGAUUAACUACAAGGCUGUUGGCUCAUUGGAUCCAAGUGCCGACCUGUCCAGCCAGAGGGGGAAAGUGUUCAAGCUCCGGAAUGAAACCCAUCACCUUUUUGUGGGUCUGUACCCUGGGACCACCUACUCCUUCACCAUCAAGGCCAGCACAGCCAAGGGCUUCGGACCUCCAGUCACCACUCGGAUUGCCACCAAGAUUUCAGCUCCAUCGAUGCCUGAAUAUGAUGCAGAUUCUCCACUCAAUGAAACCGACACAACCAUCACCGUGAUGCUCAAACCCGCCCAGUCCCGGGGAGCCCCUGUCAGUGUUUACCAGCUGGUUGUCAAGGAGGAGCGACUUCAGAAGUCCCGGAGAGCAGCUGACAUUAUUGAGUGUUUCUCAGUACCUGUGAGCUACCGGAAUGCCUCCAACCUCGAUUCUCUACACUACUUUGCUGCCGAGUUGAAGCCCUCCAACCUGCCUGUCACCCAGCCAUUUACAGUGGGAGACAACAAGACCUACAAUGGCUACUGGAAUCCUCCCCUCUCCCCAUUGAAGAGCUACAGCAUCUACUUCCAGGCACUUAGCAAAGCAAAUGGAGAAACAAAAAUCAACUGUGUGCGUCUGGCUACGAAAGGUGCUUCCACCCAGAAUUCUAACACUGUGGAGCCAGAGAAGCAGGUAGACAACACAGUGAAGAUGGCAGGUGUGAUCGCUGGCCUCCUCAUGUUUAUCAUCAUUCUCCUGGGCGUGAUGCUGACCAUCAAAAGGAGGAAGCUGGCUAAGAAGCAGAAGGAGACACAGAGUGGAGCCCAGAGGGAGAUGGGACCUGUGGCCUCUGCUGACAAGCCCGCCACCAAGCUCAGCACCAAUCGCAAUGAUGAAGGCUUCUCCUCCAGCUCUCAGGAUGUUAAUGGAUUCAAUGGCAGCCGUGGGGAGCUGUCCCAACCCACCCUCACCAUUCAGACUCACCCCUACCGGACCUGCGACCCUGUAGAGAUGUCUUACCCCCGGGACCAGUUCCAGCCUGCCAUCCGGGUGGCAGACCUGCUUCAACACAUCACCCAGAUGAAACGAGGCCAGGGCUACGGGUUCAAGGAGGAAUAUGAGGCCUUACCAGAGGGACAGACAGCAUCGUGGGACACAGCCAAGGAAGAUGAAAACCGCAAUAAGAAUCGAUACGGGAACAUCAUAUCCUAUGACCACUCCAGGGUGAGACUGUUGGUGCUGGAUGGAGACCCCCACUCUGACUACAUCAAUGCCAACUACAUUGAUGGGUACCACCGACCCCGGCACUACAUUGCAACCCAAGGUCCAAUGCAAGAGACUGUGAAGGACUUUUGGAGAAUGAUCUGGCAGGAAAACUCUGCCAGCAUCGUUAUGGUCACAAACCUUGUGGAAGUGGGCAGGGUGAAGUGUGUGAGAUACUGGCCGGAUGACACGGAGGUCUAUGGAGACAUUAAAGUCACCCUAAUUGAAACAGAGCCCCUGGCAGAAUAUGUCAUCCGCACCUUCACAGUCCAGAAGAAAGGCUACCACGAGAUCCGGGAGCUCCGCCUCUUCCACUUCACCAGCUGGCCUGACCAUGGUGUUCCCUGUUAUGCCACUGGCCUUCUGGGCUUUGUCCGCCAGGUCAAGUUCCUCAAUCCCCCGGAAGCUGGGCCCAUAGUGGUCCACUGCAGUGCGGGAGCCGGGAGGACUGGCUGCUUCAUUGCCAUUGACACCAUGCUCGACAUGGCUGAGAACGAAGGAGUGGUGGACAUCUUCAACUGUGUGCGUGAGCUCCGGGCACAGAGGGUCAACCUGGUGCAGACAGAGGAGCAGUAUGUGUUUGUGCAUGAUGCUAUUCUGGAAGCAUGCCUCUGCGGCAACACUGCCAUCCCCGUGUGUGAGUUCCGCUCUCUCUACUACAACAUCAGCAGGCUGGACCCCCAGACCAACUCCAGCCAGAUCAAAGAUGAGUUUCAGACACUCAACAUUGUGACACCUCGCGUGCGGCCUGAAGACUGCAGCAUUGGGCUCUUACCCAGGAACCAUGAUAAGAAUCGGAGCAUGGAUGUUCUGCCUCUGGACCGCUGCCUACCCUUCCUCAUCUCUGUAGAUGGAGAGUCCAGCAACUACAUCAAUGCGGCACUGAUGGACAGCCACAAGCAGCCUGCCGCUUUUGUGGUCACCCAGCACCCUCUACCCAACACUGUGGCAGACUUCUGGAGGCUGGUGUUCGAUUAUAAUUGUUCUUCUGUGGUGAUGCUGAACGAGAUGGACACUGCUCAGCUCUGUAUGCAGUACUGGCCUGAGAAGACCUCUGGGUGUUAUGGUCCCAUCCAGGUGGAGUUUGUCUCUGCAGACAUUGAUGAGGACAUCAUCCAUAGAAUCUUCCGAAUCUGUAACAUGGCUCGGCCACAGGAUGGUUAUCGCAUUGUCCAGCACCUCCAGUACAUUGGCUGGCCUGCAUACCGGGACACGCCCCCAUCUAAGCGCUCGCUGCUCAAAGUGGUCCGACGCCUGGAGAAGUGGCAGGAGCAGUAUGAUGGGAGAGAGGGCCGCACUGUGGUCCACUGCCUAAAUGGGGGAGGCCGCAGCGGAACCUUCUGUGCUAUCUGCAGUGUGUGUGAGAUGAUCCAGCAGCAGAACAUCAUUGAUGUGUUCCACAUUGUGAAAACCCUACGCAACAACAAAUCCAACAUGGUGGAGACACUGGAACAGUAUAAAUUUGUAUAUGAGGUGGCACUGGAAUAUUUAACCUCCUUUUAGCCCAGUUGGAUGGGGAACCUGCCAGAGUCCAGAGGCUGCUGUAGCUGCCCCUGUUUUUCUGUGACUGACAAUGACUGGUCUCAGGAGCUUGGAGGUAGCACACCUGCCCAACACCAAGGAGAAGACUGGUGGUUCCAUGCUCUGUAGUGGGCUCUGCAGGCUUCUGGAGGCUCUUCUGUACCUGGAAGAUGCUGUUAUGAUGAAGACUAGCUUCCCUUCUACACCUGAAAGCAUCAGGCCAGCAGAAGUCUACCCACAAGCGAGGCCCUGGACUUUUGAUCCCCAGACCUCUUGUUUUUAUUUUUAUUUUUUCUUAGUUUGUUACUCUCAUGGCAAGCUGACUGCGCAGGUGCUGGGAUAUGGGGAGCUGGCCAGCCCUUCUCUCACCAUCCUUAGGAGUACUGGGGGUGUAAGUUCUUCUCCAUGCUAUCUUGCAAAAGAUUGUAGUUUGAGGGAUCACUGGGUUAUUGGUUCCUACAUCUUUUAUGGGGGCCUCUAACAUGAGACACCUGCCAGACUGGAUCAAUGUGACUUGUGGAUGCCCCCUAGACCACAGGAAGGGGCCUCUUCAUCUUACACAUAGCCUUGCUGGGUUCACUCACUACUGCCAAAUCCAGCCAGGCCUUGACCUUCUGUAAUCUCCCGGCCAACCAGCUGUAUCCACAUCACACUUCAGCAAAUGUUUCCUUUGCUUUCUCAUAGUUUGUAGCAGAAGGAAGGCUCACAGGAAAUUACAGUACCUUUUAUCUUUGUAGAAGGAGCUACUUUCCUGGGGCAAGGUUCUUACUGGCCUGUAUAGCAUAACCCUAUGCUCCCUAGGUGGCACUUUCUAUUGGAAAGACAAACAAAAAAAGCUUUGAUUAUUUUCCCAAGUAUGUGUGGAAAAAAAAGUGGCAAUGAGAGCGUAAAAUUUUGAAUUUUCUUAUGUCAAAAAAAAAAAAAAAAAGGAAAGAAAAA